GAAAAAGCCAUGUCCUCGAUUAAACUUUCAUCUUUAAAAUGAGAUCUUGUUCAUCAAAAUUGAUCAAGAAUUACAUAUAUAUUCAUUGUUGGCGUAAACUAUUAUAAUACCAGUGGUGAAGAGUAGUCUUAAGCGAAGAAAAUAAAAACAUAAUAUGUGAUUAGUUCUUGUAAAAAGUCGAGUUUCUUUUUGAGUCGUCAUAAUUCAGUGCUUACCGACGGAGUACAUAAGAGAAUAAGAAAGUUCGAAAGAGGGAGAGAAGAUGUGUGAACGCGAAUUGGUUAGACGCAAAAGGAGGACAAAGAGUGGGGGAAAUAUAUCCUGGUACUCUUUACGUGCGCGUAAACUCGUUAGUCGCGUCGUCGCAUAGUAGUGGUGUAUACCUAUAUACAACGUGAGGCCACAUUAGAGAGAAAGAGAACGGCAAAAGAAAAGACGACGGGACUCGAAAAGCUAACGCGACCAGAAACUCGCUUUUGUUUCGCCGUGUGUAACGUAUGCGUGUUAUAUGACAAGAUAGCUGAUGUCACAAAAAGAGAGAAGGAUAGAGAAAGAGAGAGAGAGAGAGAGAGAGAGAGAGAAAGAAAGAGAGAAAACGAAGGUGAAUAUAAGAUGUUUAAUCUAAUCGCAUUGAAAAUAUAAAAAAUUGUUACUAUCGAUGAAACCCAUUAUUAGGUGGGAUACUUUCGAAGUAUUAUUUACAAUAGAUUUGUCGUCAAUAAAUUUGCACCGGGCAAACAGGUAGUUGUCGAGAGAGUAGAACACCGUUUCUGAGCCUGUAACUUUCAUCGUAAUUUACAACAGAAAGAAAAUCUAUGUCAUCGCUAUUAUCAUCAUCAUAAUCAUCAUUAUUGUUAUUAUCGACGUUGAGAAAAGAAAAAGAAAGGAAGUGUUCACGAUUAACGAAGACGAAGAGGACGAAGGAGCGAUUUUUGAAUCGCGUCGCAGACAGUGGAAAUCGUGUAACGUGAUUAAUUGAACAGAUUAUAAUAAGAAUUUUAUUAUAGAUAUUAAAAAUAAACAGAAAGAAUGGAUCAAGGAUUUCCGGGUCAACAUACGACAACAACCACCGUCACUACUUCGACGACCACCAUUCAACCUAAUGUACGAUUUGAUCCAUCUUAUGUGAGAACAUUACCGGGUAUUCUCAAAAUUAUUCAAGUGAUAUUAAAUCUCUUGGGAUUCAUAUGCAUCACUGUGUCGAUUUAUAGCAGCCACAGUAGAGGAGGAUGGUUCAAUACCGUGGCUAUGGGUGGCUUUUGGUUCACCGGUGUUCUUCUUGUUCUUUAUUUAUUCCAUAUUGUUGAGAAGUUUUCCAGAAUUCCAUGGUUAAAAAUCGAAUUCAUAUUCUGUUCGAUUUGGACGGCGUUCUAUCUUCUGGCUGCUUCCUUAGCAGCUGAUUACGGCCGGAUUUCUGAAUCUUUCGCCGUUGCAGCGUUCUUCGGUUUUUGUGCCAUGGUAGCGUAUGGUUAUGACGCUUGGUUGAAGUUCACUGCAGCGAAAAGCGGAGCUUUGGCUCAGGGUCAACAUAUGCCAAAACAAGUUUCAACCGUUACCAGUCCUGCAUAUUAAUUUUUAUAGGUAUACAUUAAUAUAUCUGUAAUAGUUGAUGAUGUCGAAUGAAGAAUAUGAAGUCAGUUCAAUAUGAAUCUCCUUGAACGAUCUAUAUUGGAUUCGUGAAUGAUCAUCAUUGAAGCAAAUGUUUUUUUUUUUAAUUUUACACGAUAUUAGUAUUAGGCUAUAAUAAGUUAUUAUUAUAUCGAUCAUUUAUUUAUCUCAUUCGAAUCUCCUUAGUCGUAUUUAAUAAGAAUGAUGUGGACGACGCGUUGUUCGAUGUUGUAUAGUUGAAACGAGUAUACAAACACAAAGCUCUUUAUUUCUCCGCUUCUCUUUGUUGUAAGAUGUCUGAACAUAAAGCUUUUAAUUCCUUGAAAGUUUUCAAGAAUAGCAUAUAAUAUUUAAAUAUCUAUUUAAAAAAAAGAUUAACUAUUAAUUUUACAAAUGGAAUGAAUUUAGUAUUCUUAUCAUAUACCCAAGACUAACUUUUAUCUGUCUUAUUAAUAUAUCUUUUUUUCUACCUUCAGAUUCCGCGCACGUAAAAAGAAUAAUUAUUAUUAAAUGCGGCGACACCUCUGAACUUGCCGAUGACCAAACUUUUUUUUAAAGAAAUUCGCGUUUUUUCAUAAACGUUUGAACGUGGGGAACACAAGUAAUUAAGUUUAGCGAUAAUAUCGACCAUCGAUUGUUAAUGUUUAGAUGAUAUUUAAUAUUGUUUAUUUAAAUCAGUAGAGUUGAUCGUUGUUCAUUGUUUAUUAAAGUAAUACCUAUAAAAUCGAACAUUUACGUAUAUCAUACAAACGAA